UUGGAGCUUGUCUCAGAUAUGCGCAUUUAUCUCAGUAACUUUUAGCCGGAAAUUUUUAGUACGAUCGGGUUGGGUUUUAACGGGUGUUUUUAUAUUAGUUACUUCCCUUCUAGAACAAUCCCCUUUCUAAAACAAUCGUGGAUUAGGUAAGACGUUGUAAAUUUGCUAAAAUAAUUUUUAACAUAAUCUUGCUUUUUUAUGGCUGUUUUAACAAAGCAUUCAACUCAUAUUGGGUAAUGUUGUACGCUGCCAGAAGUAAUAUAGAUGGAUGGUUUUACUUUAUGAAGAUAUUUGAUCGAUUGAAUUUAUUUACAUGGUUUUUAUUCAUGUUCGGCUGAAAACCACGUGAGGGUAUGAUAGUAAGAACAGAAUGCAGAUGUACUCAAAAACCGUCCAUUUUAUCCGUUAAGUAUUUACUAUUUUUGCUAAUUUUAAUUAUUUCUUAUUAUUCCGAGCAAAAUGCCCAAAACAAAAAAAACGGAUUUGUCAGCGACGAGGGGCCAGCGUGGGGGCCGGAGACGACAGAGGCCCGAGAGGGCAGGGCGUGCAAGCAGCAGCACAGCAGCAGAGCAGGUAGCGCAACCUCCAGUGGAGAAUCAGACGGUGGCUUCCCAUUCCCCUCAGCCCUCCACAGCACCCAUGAUGGUGGCGCCAUCCAUCACUGUGGCAGGACCAACAGAUGCUAUUGGCUCAUCCCAGCAAGAAUCGACAGAAAUGGCACAAGCUGUACACUGGUUCAUCAAAACGGCUACACUGGAUAACGUCGCGGUGAAAAAAUCCAUAUGGCGUAUUUCGACCGCACCUCAACACAAAUGGAAGAGUCGACACAUAUUCUACGCUCAUGACGUCAUAUUGGACAGUUGAUCCUAAUUCAAAUCCAUAAUGAUGGAUAUGCACAUGUGAAAAUUUUUGUCCAUUUACUUGUCAUUCAAGGUUGCUUAUAUCAUGUAUAUGGCUUAAGUAAGGUUAAAAUAUUUAGUAGAACGUUAAUGCACUUGUGUUUACCCAGUGCAUGAUUACGUCAUAUUUGCUUAUUGAUAACGUCAUAUUUGCUUGUUGAUGACGUCAUAAUUACGUCAUAAUUGCCUAUUGAUUACAUCAUGUUUGCUUAAUGCUUGUUGCUUUGCUUUUUGCUUGCUUGCUUGCUUUUGUUGGGGGCGGCCCUGCGGUAGCCCCCAUAAUUUCACCGCGGCCAGAAGCGCCAAAUAAACUAUUCUCAGAUAA